AUGGAAACCGAAGCCAAGGAACCGCUCGAUCAACAGAGUUACUUGCCACUCAUCAACAAGGUCGACAAUGUCCCCUUGGACUUCGACUUCGACACGCUUUACAAGCUUAUGCUCCCCAGGGACGCCAGGCCACAUGGCUUUAUGGUCCCUUGCACCGUCGAGCGCCUCCCCUGGACAUCAGACUUCCGCGUUGAUCACGAUGGACGCAGGGUUUACCUCCUCGACACCACUGGCAAGGGUGACGAGGAUCCCGGCAAGGCUUGCACCGCUGCAUUCCAGCGCGUCGUAGACGCCGCCAUCGCAUCCGAGUCUUUCCCCACGCUGAACAAGAUGCACAGCGAGCACUUUCGGAUCAUAGGCGCAAACCACUUUGUGUCGAUUGAGAGGUUCCCCGCCCCGCUGUUCGGGAUUUCGUCGCGCGGUGCACACAUGACGGCAUUUGUGAGGACAGGCGACGAGAUGAAGAUCUGGGUUCCGAGGCGGAGCGCGCAUCUGUUCACGUUUCCUGGCCUGCUUGACACAACUGUGGCAGGCGGAGUCAAGGCCGAAGACUCUCCCUUUGACUGCAUUGUCGCCGAGGCCACUGAGGAGGCGUCGCUUCCCGUGGACUUUGUCAAGAAAAAUGCCCGCGCGGUCGGGGCGGUCACGUAUGUCAGUAUGAACCAGCAGAAGGGCACAUUCUUCCCGACUGUCCUCUACGUCUACGAUCUUGAGCUUCCAGAGUCGAUCGAGCCCGUACCUGGCGAUGAUGAGGUCUCCAGCUUCAUGCUCAUGAGCAUUCCCCAGGUCAAAAGCGCCAUGUUGGAGGGGCAAUUCAAGCCCAAUUGUGUUCUUGUCAUGCUUGACUUCUUUAUCCGCCAUAACAUCAUCACCUCGGAGAACAAUGAUGAGUACCUGGAGAUUGUCACGAGAUUGCGGCGGCAACUGCCUAUACCCACAAGCAAGGAGCAUUAG